AUGUUGCAACAAGUCAUUCCAAAUUUUUAUUGCGAAUGUUUUCCUCAUAUGAAAGGAAAAAAUCAUUACAGCGUUGCACUAGCCUUGAUUUUUCGACAAUGCUUUUAUACCAAUAAUGAUGUUACAAGUUAUAUACUUGGAUGGAUGAGCAUCAUUUUGAGUAUGGUUAGUCUGUUUCCACAAAUUAUUAAGAACUUUGUUUUGAAAAGAGCAGCAGGGCUUUCAAUUCAUUUAUUUCUGAUUUGGUUUGUUGGAGAUGUUUCAAAUUUAAUUGGAUGUAUUCUCACCAAUCAACUGGCAACUCAGCUCUAUUUGGCAGUCUAUUAUGUAUGCAUGGAUAUCAUUAUCAUUUCUCAGUAUACUUUUUAUGAGUUCAACAAGAAAAAGUUCAAGGCAUUCCUUUCUAAAUUAUUUCAAAAACUGCACAUUACAAAACAGAGUGCAGAACCAUGUCAUGAAAUGUCUACCAUCAAAGAAACGACAGCGAACAAUAUUUUCAACAUGUCGUUUCAAUCAUUAACAAGCCAUAAUACCACUAGUACAAGCCAUCUAUCAACACCUCAUUGUCAACUCAAAUCACAUUAUUUGUCUUCAACGAUCGCUAUUUUACUAGUUGUACAGUUAUUAAUUUCAAAUUUUGCUCAAUUUUCAAACGCUCAGGAAGCAAAGGUCUCCUAUGAGAUUCCAAAUUGUUCUCCACCUCCACCUGAUAAUGGAUUGGCAAUUUUUGCUAUUGGAACCACUUGUUCUUAUAUUUCUUGCCUGUGCUAUAUUCUUGCAAUGACACCUCAAGUUUAUAAGAAUUAUAAAAGAAAGAGUGUUCAAGGCCUCUCUAUCUUAAUGUUUGGAAUUGAUACCAGCAAUCAACUGUUAUACAUGCUUAGUAUUAUUGUUUUUUAUGCUCAACCAAAUGCAUCCUUUGAUGCUCUUUCUGUUGUGCCAUAUUUGGCUGGUAGCUUUUUCACAUGGUUUUUCAGUGUUUGUAUUCUUUUUCAAUUCUUAUUUUACAAGAGAAGGAACAGAAAUGAUGCGAACGUUGUGAAAGAACAUGACGCUACACCAUCUCAUGUAGGUGGUACUACAGUGGUGGUACAAUGA